AUGCUAGGCAGAACGGUUUUCGGCAGACGAGCGCCACAUUUGCCGAUCUGUUUUGUGCGCACAGUGGUGUUCAACCGCAGGCCCAAGACGCCGCGGUCUUCUGCGGCCAAAAUCGAGGCCCAGCUGACCCAGCAGAUCAAAAAUCUGGAGCAGUUCACUAUGCAGGUCGAAAACACAGUCAAGCAGAACAAGGACACGCAGAUCCAGAGAUCCGCAGCCGACGAGUUCCAGGUGCAUGAGAGCCAGGACGUGGCGGACGAGGAGGCCGAGUUACUGUUCGAGUCGCUGAUGAGCUCGAACGACGCCGAUCCUGCUCUUUCCCUGGGGCCAGGAGACUCGUCUGGCCAGGCCAAAGGACUCUCGAUGUUCCCCGAUGCCGAGCCACACACCCAGCUUCCGCCAGUUAUACGAACGAAACUGGACCCGGAAACCAUCAAGCAUAUCACAGUUUCUGACGGAGCAAACUGGGUUCCUGUGGUGGACCGGUUGCACCAAACCACGGGGCUUUCCGGGUGCACUCCGGUAGACGUUCUGAAACUGCUAACGACAAUUCCACGCUCCCAAAGACCGGCUGUGGUUUCUAAGAUCCACGAGAUGGCUCUUUCUGCGAAGCUGUUGAAAGGAUUACAAUUGUACAACAGUCUGAUGAGCUCUUAUAAUCUUGUGAAAGUCCAGCAAGCACAGCCAAUAAUAGAGAAGAUGUACGCCGAGAUGCUAGACAAGGGAAUCAAGCCCAACCUGAUCACGUACGGAAUCAUGAUCAACCUGUACAGCAAGCUGCUGAACGUGGACAAAGUGCGCGAGUUCAUGGACCUGAUCCGGAGCGACGGCUACGUUGCUACCAAAGAGGUGUACACCACGAUUUUGCAGAUGUACGUGCGGAUGAACAAUUACCGCCAGGUUCUGGACGUGUUCAGCACGAUGAAGUUCCUGUCUCUGGACACUUCGCCGUCCGCGCGCACGUACUCGUCGGUCAUUUUGAUGGACGUGCUGAAUAAUAAUGUUGAGCACGCCUUGACUUUGUACGACGAGAUGGUUGACCGCAAGAUCGAGGUCGAGCCGCAGGCGCUUCUGGCGCUGGCCAAGGGCUGUUCGACCCGUCAGCCGCUCAUCGAGCGCGGCUGGGGGUUCAUCAUCGAGUACUACACCAAAAAGUACCCGAUGGACUCCAAGGUGGUGGAAAUGAUGAUGGUUUUGGCGUACAAGGACUCGGACCUCAACCUGGCACGGGCCCUGUUUGUUGGUCUGUUUGACACGCUGACCAAGGCCGCAAACGCAAUGGUGCCACCGUCGCCCGUCGCGCUGCGGUACCUGUUCAACGCAUACACGUUCUACAACCCGGAUCGAGUUCCUGUGAGUCGGCUGAACCACCAGAUCCGUGACAUUGCCGCGCGCACGCUCGAUAUGUGCGACUUCAGCUUCCACAAGAACGCGCCGCCGUUUCUGCCGACGCUGGAGCUCGCCGACCCGGACCUGGGCGUGGUCGAGGCCCGUGCUAUUUUCGAGUACUUUGUGCUCCACUUCCCGCACAUGAUCUCGCUCGAGGUGCUCGAGGCGUAUCUGUUUGUGCACGCGCUGAAGGGCCAUUCGAUUGACGAGUUCGAGCAACUGUGGGAGCGGCACACGUUCUUCAAGGGACAGACCGUCACCGUUGAGGAGCCCAAGGGAGAGCAGCCAGAACAGUCAGAACAGUCAGAACAGCCAGAACAACUGGAUGAAACGCCUGCAUCCGCCUCGUCAGCCCCGUCGACCAUUGCCGCCCGCCGCGUCCAGAUCAAGUACCCGCGAAACGACCAGCUCUACAACGCCUGCAUGCACGCGGCCCGGAUAAAUAAAGACGUUGCAUUUGCACAGAAAAUCUGGACAGAGCGCGGCCAGUACAGAAAGUCACCCGAAUUCCAGAAACUCAGUCCGCACAAGCAGGACCAGCUCGACUUCAAGUUCGCAAGAGCAAUCGUGUCUGUUUUUGUCGAGACCAACAACCUCACAGACGCGUUCCAAGUGAUUCUCAGCUCUCAAGGUAAAUUCGCCUGGACAUACUACCACCUUAAGAGCGUGGUUGCUCUGGCCGAGAAACUCGACCAGCCACAGACCAAACGAGAACUCCUCCAGGUCGCCUCUCUGGCCGAGAAAAGACAACGUAAGCAUCACUCCAUGUAA